UUCCAAGGUCGCAAACGGCAAAUUUUCAAAGACUUCAAGAAAUCAUGUGUGGAUUUCGCUUGGUGAAGAUUAUAGGUCGCUCGUGCACCAAUCUAACUGUUCGUGGAUAUCAAAAAAUGAGUUGUGAUACUAUCAAUCCUCAUGUGGUGAAGCUUCAGUAUGCUGUCCGUGGACCGAUAGUACUUAGGGCGCUAGAACUAGAGAGAGAAAUAUCCCAAGGAUCAAAAAAAAGAUUCAACAAAAUUAUCCGUUGCAAUAUCGGAGACUGUCAUGCGUCUGGUCAAAGGCCCAUCUCAUUUAUUCGUGAAGUUUUGUGUGCCGCGACAAAUUCGCAUAUAAUGGAUACCAACUUAGUUCAAGACGAUGCUAAAUUAAGAGCCAGGAGAUUUUUGGACAGUUGUGGUGGAAGUGUUGGAGUCUACAGCCAGUCUACAGGCGUAGAAGUUGUCCGCGAAGAUGUUGCACAAUACAUAAAACAACGGGAUCAGUUAUCAGCUAAUCCCCAAAAUAUUUUCUUAUCCAAUGGGGCAAGUGAAGCCGUUAAGUCAAUUCUUCAAUUGAUAUCCACUGGAGAAGAUGGAUCCAAACGUUCUGGUAUUAUGGUCCCCAUACCUCAAUAUCCUCUUUAUUCAGCAACAAAUGCUGAAUAUAACGCCUAUCAGAUUGAUUACUACUUGGAUGAAUCAAAUGGAUGGGACCUAAGUAUUGAACAGUUGGAAGAAGCUUUAAAAAAAUGCGAUGAUAAAUGUAUUCCACGUGCUUUGGUAGUAAUCAAUCCUGGCAAUCCAACAGGUCAAUUACUAUCAAAAGACACAAUUACAAACGUUUUAAAAUUCGCUUACAAACAUAAUUUAGUUGUGUUAGCCGAUGAAGUUUAUCAACAUAAUAUUUAUUCACCAGAUUCACGAUUCAUCUCAUUUAAACGCGCUUUAUAUGAUAUUGGCGGAAGGAUUUCCAAUGAAUUACAGUUAGCAUCAUUUAUGUCAUGUAGUAAAGGCUAUAUGGGAGAAUGUGGUCUUCGCGGUGGAUAUUGUGAACUUGUGAAUUUUCCUGAAGAUGUUCAACAACAAUUAUAUAAAUCACUUUCAGCUCGACUAUGUUCUUCAUUAUUGGGUCAACUAACAAUGGAUGUGGUUGUAAAUCCUCCAAAACCUCAUGAAUCAUCUUACAAUUCAUUUAUGAAAGAAAAAUCAUCAGUGCUAGAAGAACUUAAACAAAAAGCUGAACUCACUACAAAAUCAUUAAAUUCACUUCAAGGUUUUUCAUGUAAUCCAAUCACUGGAGCAAUGUAUGCAUUUCCACGAAUUGAUCUACCUAGAAAAGCAAUCGAAAUAGCAAAGUCGAAAGGUAUGCAACCAGACUUUAUGUACUGUUUGGAAUUUUUGGAAGAAUAUGGCGUCUGUGUAGUACCAGGAUCUGGAUUCGGUCAAGUACCAGGAACUUGGCAUUUUAGAAUAACAAUUCUCCCUAGCAUUGAAGAAAUGAAACUGGUCAUGGACUAUUUAAAAGAAUUUCAUACAUCUUUUUUGACAAAGUAUUCUUGAAUCGUCUAACUAUAUGACAAUCCAUAGAGUAUCUAAAAUUUUGAUAUUUUGAUGUUAUAUACAUACAACUUUCACAUUCUCAUUCAUCAAUGUACACACAGAUAUUUUUCUUCGUAUCCAAUCAGAAUUUUUUCUUUUUUCCUCUUUUCAGUUAUCUAUCUCUGAAUCUACUACAUUCAGCUGUUGUACUAAUGUUUAAUUCUUAUCUAUUUAAAACUCCAAUUAUCAAACAAGGUUACGUAGUAAUCAAGGCAUUCUUAUCUAACUCCCUAAAUAUUAUGUAACCUUGUUUGAUAAUUAGAGUCUUGAAUCACUUUAUGAUGUAAUCUAUUCUAUCCUUUUGUUUAUUUAUUUAUCUAUCUACAAACAAUCGAUUGAUUAAUAGUUUAUGCAAAAAAAAAAGAAUGAUGAUUUAAAUGGUUUAGUAAUUUCCAAUUAAUUCCUACAUUAAUGUAUGUGCCCAUCCAAACCUUGCUAAACUGAUCACAGUUAAUUAACGUUUAUUGUGUGUGUGUUUUUUUUUUAGAAUUUUUUUCUGUUCACCUUCUUGUACUUUUUAUCAUGUGGAAAAGUAUAAAUAAUUUAUCAUAUUAAUUGAUAUUUAAUUAUUUCUGUUCUAAACUGAUAUCACAUGAAACUAUCGUUAGAAACCAAAAAAAUAUAGUAAAUAAUUAUUUCCUUAUCCUUAACCUGUUCAUGGAAUAGAAUCUAUAAUUCCAACUGAUUACUUAAUUAAUAUUUCAUUGAUUAUGUCGACUUUAAAAAAAUGUUCCAUCCGUUUUUGUGAACCUACUC